AGAAUCGAGUGUAAUUCCUAUCUGUCCUCAGAACCAAAGUAAAGAAUAACAGAAAUCAGUACCAUUUUGCCCUAUAAAAUUAGCACAAAAGCUAAAGUUUUCAGUCCAUGUAUUGGAGACUGGAAACACCCUCUCUCUCCCAAACCUCUCUUUCUCUCUCCCAAACCUUCUUUUAUUUUUCCAAGUUUUAAAAUUGGGCAUGAUUUGAUCACUACCCAGUAUUUAUUUCUCCGCACCCACAUGGGUAAAACUCUAAAAGAACCAGCCCAUUCGCCUGUUUUUUAAUCAGCUCGUGCCUGGGAACUCAAGGUGUCAGAAGAUAAAACCAAGGUUUUAGAAGCUAUCUCUGUGUGUGUGUGAGAGAGAGAGAGGGAGAGAGAGAAAGAGAUAGAAAGAAAAAUAGAAGGAAGGUGUUUGUUAUUUUGAGGCUUUGAAGCUUUGGAAAUGGUGAGAGAGUGAAUUGGGUUUCUUAGAAUGGUUGUUUUGUGUUGGAUGGAUUUGGUGGGAGAUAUGGCUCCAUGGACAAAGACUAGGAAUAAAUGGUAUUAUUUUGAUCACAGAAGAAGACAACACCAAUGUACACAGCCACAAACAGGUUUAGCAGAAGAAACAACACAAACAAUUUCCUCAAACAUGGCUUCUAGCUACUGCAAGAUCUUCCCAAUCAUUCCCAUUUUUGUAUCUUUUCUUCUUGUUGCUUCCUCCGUCUGUCCAGUCCAUUCCUCCGAAACCGACCGCCCAGCCAAUCAAACAUUCCGGCCUGGGGAGGAGUUAGAGAAGUUGAAGAUAAUAAGAGACCAUCUCCUGAAGAUCAAUAAGCCUGCCGUCAAGACAAUUCAGAGUCCUGAUGGUGAUCUGAUUGAUUGUGUUCUAUCUCAUCUGCAACCAGCUUUUGAUCAUCCACAAUUAGAAGGACAGAAACCAUUGGAUCCACCGGAGAGACCGAAAGGCCAUAACCCAACAGGUGCAGUAUCAGAAGAUUUUCAGCUAUGGAGUUUUUCUGGUGAGUCGUGUCCAGAAGGGACAAUUCCAAUCCGAAGAACAACUGAAGAAGAUGUUUUAAGAGCGAGCUCUAUUGGAAGAUUUGGAAGAAAAGUAAGGCGACAUGUUAGAAGAGACUCCUCCAGCAAUGGCCAUGAGCAUGCAGUUGGGUAUGUGACUGGAGAUCAGUACUAUGGAGCAAAGGCCAGCAUAAAUGUGUGGGCACCCCGGGUGGCUAAUCAAUAUGAAUUCAGCUUAUCACAAAUGUGGGUCAUCUCCGGUUCAUUCGGCGAUGAUCUCAACACCAUUGAAGCUGGCUGGCAGGUUAGUCCAGAACUCUAUGGGGACAACUAUCCUAGGUUCUUUACUUACUGGACUACUGAUGCAUAUCAAGCCACUGGAUGCUACAAUCUGCUAUGCUCAGGCUUUGUUCAGACCAACAAUAGGAUUGCAAUUGGGGCUGCCAUCUCUCCAACCUCGUCAUACAAAGGUGGACAAUUCGAUAUCAGCCUACUGGUCUGGAAGGAUCCGAAGCAUGGGAAUUGGUGGCUGGAAUUCGGGUCGGGCGUGCUGGUGGGUUACUGGCCGUCGUUCUUGUUCACACACCUGAGAAAUCAUGCGAGCAUGGUGCAAUACGGAGGAGAAGUAGUGAAUACAAGGCCAUCAGGCUUCCACACAUCAACGCAAAUGGGAAGUGGGCAUUUCGCCGGAGAGGGUUUCGGAAAAGCCUCUUAUUUCCGGAACUUGCAGGUCGUGGAUUGGGAUAAUAGCUUGAUCCCAUUAUCUAAUCUCCGAGUCUUGGCCGACCAUCCGAAUUGCUACGACAUCCAAGGAGGGAUUAACAAUGUGUGGGGGAAUUAUUUUUACUACGGAGGUCCCGGAAGAAACGUGAGAUGUCCCUAAAGGGAUCAAGGAUCAAGAAUCAAGAAUCAAGAUUCAAACCAAGGUACAUGGGCGGAAAGCUUUCUUUUUGUAAGUUUUUUUUUUUCUUGGGGUGAUUUGGGUUUCCUCUCGAGAUCGAUUCUUCGAGCUUGGGCUAUUCUUAUAUUUAUUUUUGUUUCUUAAUCAAUUUUUUUUUUCCUUUUUAAAAUCUAACAGGUGAUCCAUUAAUUAUACCACCUUUAGGGAGUUGUGUAAAUUUGGGACAAAAAAAAAGAAAAAAAAGAAAUAGUGAAUAUAGUAUGGUUUGUGAUUUUGAA